CACCUCUUCAACUCAUCAAGUCGCUCAUUGAAUUUCUGCACAUUUCCAUUGACUCUCAACGUCCGAGACGCAAACGCCACGAUGCUUGCAAAGUCCGCUCUUCAACGCGCAGCCGCCGCUCCUCGCUCGGCCGUUGCUCAGCAGUCCAUCCGAGCUGCUUCGGCAUGGUCGAAAGUGCCGCAGGGCCCACCCGAUGCCAUCUUGGGAAUCACCGAAGCGUUCAAGAAAGACAGCAACAGCCAGAAGAUCAACUUGGGAGUUGGCGCCUACCGUGAUGACAAGGGCAAGCCAUACGUGUUGCCAUCUGUCAGGGAGGCCGAGCAAAAGGUGGUCAAGGCGAACCUCGACAAGGAGUACGCAGGGAUCACCGGUGUGCCUGACUUCACCAAGGCCGCCGCUCUUCUUGCGUACGGCCCGGACAGCACUCCUCUCAAGGAGGGACGCAUUGCCAUCACGCAGACCAUCUCCGGAACUGGAGCUCUGCGGAUAGGUGGUGCUUUCCUCGAGCGCCACUACCCUCACGCAAAGGCCAUCUACAUCCCAACUCCAUCAUGGGCUAACCACAAGGCCGUCUUCCUCGACAGCGGGUUGCAGGUCAAGCAGUACCGAUACUACAACAAGGACACCAUUGGUCUGGACUUUGACGGAAUGGUGGCCGACAUCAAGAGCAUGCCCAAGAACUCGAUCGUCCUCCUUCACGCAUGCGCGCACAACCCCACGGGUGUCGACCCCACCGAGAAAGAGUGGAAGGCCAUUAGCGAUGCGGUCAAGGAGGGCGGACACUACCCGUUCUUCGACAUGGCCUACCAGGGCUUCGCGUCCGGAGACACGGACAAGGACGCGUUCGCGCUCCGCUACUUCCUGAAGGAGGGCCACCUCCCCUGCCUCGCGCAGUCCUUCGCCAAGAACAUGGGUCUCUACGGCGAGCGCGUGGGCGCCUUUUCCAUCGUCUGCGAGUCCGCCGAGGAGAAGACCCGCGUCGACUCUCAAGUCAAGAUCCUCGUGCGCCCACUGUACUCCAACCCUCCCGUCCAUGGUGCGCGCGUGGCCAGCACCAUCCUCAAUGACCCGGCGCUGAACAAGCAGUGGUUGGGCGAGGUCAAGGACAUGGCGGAGCGCAUCAUCAAGAUGCGGGCGCUCCUCAAGGACAACCUGGAGAAGCUGGGCAGCACGCGCAAGUGGGACCACAUCACGUCGCAGAUUGGCAUGUUUGCGUACACGGGCUUGACGGCGGACCAGAUGACGGAGCUCGCGGAGAAGCACUCGGUGUACGCGACCAAGGAUGGAAGAAUUAGCGUGGCGGGUAUCACGAGUGAGAACGUGGGUCGUCUUGCUGAGGCAAUUUACAAGAUCACUGGUUAAGCGGUGAUGAUGACAUGUGAAAGGAGUGCGGAGAGGGGAGAGUUUUCUCCGCCAAAAAGCGGGUGCGGCUGAAGAUAGAUUAGACGAGAGAGCCCGUCUACGGAAUGGUCGGAGCUGAAGUGGUGUGCUCGUGUGGUAUGCGUGGCUAGAGUAGCUUGUGGUUGUCUCUGCAGCAUGAUGUAUGAUAUCGUCCCAAAGAAGCGAUUGCAAGUAGAGUGAACCGCGGUUGAGCGAGAGAAA